AUGUCCCGACCUGUGCCCUCCACAGCUGGUCACGGACGCGGCGGCGGAGACGCGGACGACCACAGGUGGGGAGAAGCCGAUGGGGGAGGCUGCGGGAUUCUGCGCAGGCCAUUGCGGCGGUGGUGGAAAUGGGGCGCAGGGGCGGGGGCAGGAGGGAGAGGCGGAGGGGUGCGGGACUCGGCUGUUUUUUUUACUUGGGCCAGCGAAGAGAGGUUUCUGGAAGCAGCGGGGCUAGCGACGUUGCGGCGGAUCCGGGGUGGAUCCGGGGCGGCGCGGGGCAAGGAGGGGAGGGGCAGCGCCUGGGAGAGGAGGGACGGCACGCCGGGCCGAGCGCCGCACGGGAAGGGCUGCACCCUGGAGGAGCAGCGGUUGGUUGCAGAGAACGACGUCGAACCGGGGCUGGGGUGGCUGGCGGCGGCCUGCGGGCGCCGGAUCUGGAGAUGGGGCGGCGGGCCUAGAGCUGCGAGACCUAGGAGCGACGGGAGUGCGGGCGUGGUCUCGGGCGGAUACAGUCGGCAUGAUAAACGGUCUAAGUUGCCUGGGUGGAUACUCUCGCAUUUGAAUGAUGCGCACCUAAAUCUGAGCACUGAUAUGGCUCUCCAUAUAGCUCGUGAGUUUCUCCGGAGGAUGGCACAGCCAUAUGACAAGACGGGAAGCGGUGGCAAGAAGACGCUGUUGACUGAGGAGGAUCUGCAGAAUAUGGCGCAGGACGGCAUGGAGAUGUAA